UAAUGAUAGUUUUUGUUUAGUAUUUUUAAAUACACAAUUACGAGAGUGAACGGAAUUUUGAUUGGCUUAAUAUUGGAUAAUAUUUUCUUAACUAAUUCUAUACUCUAAUCUAAACGUUAUUAAACUCGGAGAAAUGCAUCGUAACUGGCUGUAAUCGCUGACUACCUAAUAUCUUAAAAAAGGUUUGGUUGAUAUAGUAUUCCGAUGUAAUUCCAUGGGGAAUAUGGCCAUUGACUUGGAUAAUAGAUUUGAAUGCAUGGCCCAGUGAGCAUUACUCCAAACAAGAAACUGCUAUGAUCAGUAUAGGAAAACAAGGAUUUUAUCAGGCUGCUUUUCUAGCAUUUCAAUCAAGCGAAUUUAUGUGCAAAAUUGCAUCGUUUUAACCAAUGGAAGGAAGCGAUCGUUCGCAAAGCAGAAAUCAGAAAUAAGUAUCGGGGAAGUAGGGACUUUGUAUCAAGCGACUGGAUUUUCGGUACAAAAGUUUGUCAAAGUAAAUUAUGAGUUUGUUAUGUACGCCGUCAAUCUUGGUAUCGGAACAAAGCCAAUCAUGGCAAGAUGAUCGUGGACCGGCUGAUUAGAUAGUGUUUUUGUCUUAUAACACUGCAGGGAUGGGGUGAUUUAAUCGGACCACGCCAUCACCUCUCAAGACACGACCAGAAUAUAUUCCGGAGUCGGACAGUUUUCAUUGCGCAUCUCUUAGAAUUACUGAAUUUACAGGUUUCCAAGAAAUAGUAAAAAAAAAAUUUAGAUGUGAGGAAUAUGCCUGCAUUUUUUGUGUUGGUUAUUGUUUGCAGUUGUUUAACACUAUGUUCGGGGUCUGAGCCAAUAGGACUUCUGAUUCCCUCGACUUCUACCGUUCCAGGACUCCCGUCCGAAGCUACAGUGUCUGGGGCUUUAAGUCAAGCCCUCGCCAAUGUUAGUGGUAGUCUGCAAUUCAAUGUAUUAUCCAAGAAUACAAAUUGUGACGAAGGAACAGCCUUAAAUGAGGCGUUCGGAAUUAAGGACAGCGUGCAAAGCUUCAUUGGUCCAGUCUGCGAGAAAGCAAUAAGAAGCAUCGCCAUGAUGGCCGCGUUAUGGAACAAACCAGUGGUCACGUGGACGCCCAUUAAGGAGGACGCUGACUCCUUCCCUACCCUCAUCGCCACCCUGGGAACGUAUGAGGACAUCGCGCGAAAUAUAGCAACACUUCUACAGUGUCAGGGCUGGAAGACGAUAGGUAUAAUACACGCAAAUACUGAAAUACAUAGACAGAUGGCGGUGACUACAAAAUCUGUGCUGCAGGAUGAUGACGUCACAGUUAAACGUGUGCUCCCCACCAACAUGACUGGUGACUCAAUGAAGUCCACGCUUUCUUCUAUCAAGGCUUUGGUCAGAAUCAUAGUAGUGCUUGUUCCUGAGAUGUUUCUGGAGACCUUCCUGACGGCAGUGACGUCAGAAGGAAUGAACGACGGCUCCUAUAUGUUCAUUCACUGGAAGUUCAGCCCUGCAUUGAAUCAAUCCUCCGGACUUAGCGUCCCACACCCCAAGAACACGCUCCAGUCACUACUUCAGAUAGGACCAUUCACAGUCUCACAAAGCAGCUACGACCAGUUCACCAGUCACAACUCAUUGUCACAACCGGCCAGUGAGUUCUAUGCCUACUUAUAUGAUGCCGUUAUCCUGUACAGUCACUUUGUAGUCCUCAAUAAUACCAAUCCAUUACAACUUCAUCAAAACCUACAAAGAAUCAAUUACACAGGCUGGACGGGUCACAUUCGAUUCAACAACUCGUUCGCCACACGAACCUACCGUGUCUCCCAUUACCAACAAGGCAACUUCUCAGUCGUGUAUGAGCUGUCCUCUGACCAGUGCGUCAAAACCCCGACUCCCAUGGAAUGGAUCGGAGCAGGGCCUCCACAAGACACGCCCAAGUGUGGGUUCACCGGCAGUUCCUGCAAAGAUAACGACGAUGCGAAUGAGAGAGGGGCGAUAAUCGCGGGGGCCUGUAUUGGCGGAUUGCUCAGUGUCGCCGCUUUCAUUCUGGCGUUUUAUCUUUACAGAAAAAUGCGCUUUGAAAAAGAACUUAUGGGAAUGUUGUGGAAAGUAAAUGAAAAUGAAAUCAAACUGAGAAACAAGCAGGUGGCCCCCAAACAACAGGCAGGCCCACACCCGACCAAAAAACUUGUUCGGAUGGAAACUAGGGGCACGCUGGGAUUUGGUUCCUCUUGCAGUCUGGACAAGAACUUCCUAUUUGCUCCAAUCGGGAAUUACAAGGGUUCUGUGGUGGCGGUGAAGAGUUUACAACGAAGGUCUAUCAGACUGACGCGAGAUGUCCUACGGGAUCUCAAAACGUUACGAGAAUUACAUCAUGACAAUUUAAACCAAUUUGUUGGUGCUAACUUGGAGCCAGAAAAUUGCUAUGUUCUGACAAUGUAUUGUCCCAAAGGAAGUUUACAGGAUAUUUUAGAAAAUGACGACAUCAAAUUGGAUUGGAUGUUCAAAAUGUCUUUUGCAUUAGACUUAGCAAGGGGCAUGGAGUUUUUACACAAGUCUUCCUUGAGAUCCCACGGUAACUUGAAGUCCAGUAAUUGUGUGAUAGACAGUCGGUGGGUGCUAAAGUUGACCGACUAUGGCGCCAUAACGACCCAUCCCGAGGAACCCACCCAGGAGGUCGGGGAACACGAAUUCUACACAGGCUUAUUCUGGACAGCACCAGAGUUGUUACGUCUGCAGAAAAUCCCUCGAAAAGGGACACAGAAAGGAGAUGUAUACAGCUUUGGUAUCAUCUUACAGGAAAUCUUCCUCAGAACCACUCCAUAUUACUUCAAUGUCGUGUCGUCUCCCAAAGAAAUAAUAAUGAGGGUGCGGAACCACGAGGUCCCCCCGUACCGACCUCACAUACCGGAUGACAGCAAUGUCCCGGAUAAAGCGGUCUUCUUGAUGAGGUGCUGUUGGCACGAACAUUCUGAAUCCAGGCCUGAUUUUCAUAGCAUCAGGAAGAGGCUCAUAGACAUAAAUAGUGGAAGAAAGAUCAACAUUAUGGACAACAUGAUACAGAUGCUGGAGGCGUACAGUAACAACCUUGAACAGCUGGUGACGGAGAGGACUGAGGAACUGGCCCUGGAGAAACAGAAGACGGACAGACUGCUGUACAACAUGCUCCCUCCGUUAGUCGCGGAGCAGUUGAAACGGGGGGAGUCUGUUCAGCCGGAGUGUUAUGACGAGGUCUCCAUUUUCUUUUCCGACAUUGUCGGCUUCACAACGAUAGCCAACCAAAGCGAACCACUACAGGUUGUGGAUCUUCUUAAUGAUCUUUAUACAACUUUUGAUGAAAUCAUCGCUCGACAUGACGUGUAUAAGGUGGAGACUAUCGGUGAUGCCUACAUGUGUGUAAGCGGCCUCCCUCGCCGGAACGGGAAGAAACACUCCGGGGAGAUCGCCAACAUGGCGCUGGACUUGUUGAAUGGAGUCACCAACUUCAAGAUCCGCCAUCUUCCGGGGUCCAAGCUGCAACUUCGGAUUGGUCUACACACGGGAGGGUGUGCCGCAGGGGUGGUAGGCACGGCCAUGCCCAGGUACUGCUUGUUCGGCGACACCGUCAACAUGGCUUCCAGAAUGGAGUCUACAGGGAAAGCAUUGCAUAUCCACAUAAGUGCAGGAAUGAAUUCUGCGCUCAAGGAUCUUGGUUGGGGGUUCAUGACGAUGGAACGUGGAAUUAUUGAUGUGAAGGGUAAAGGUUUGCAGAAAACUUACUGGUUGAUUGGAAAGACAGGAUACUCGAAACCAUUGCCACAAACCAUGAUCAGCUUACAAGAAAAAUGGCGACAAUCUCAGGAUACAGGCAGACCAUGUUCUCCAACAGAAUCUCACAUCUCAGAUCGUGAUCAUAGCGACAGUAUGUAUGGGCGCGCAUUCCGGAAGACAUCAAUCGCCAUUAGUUUCCUUCACUCUUUGUCACGUGACGCGCAGAAUUCAGACAGUCGCUCAGUAUCUGAGCUUAGCGUUCAGGACUUACAUUUGUCGUGUGAGAGUUUGAAGGACAAAAGACCCUCUCCCGUGACCUUGUCUCCAGUGCAGAGGUCACAGAGCGUUGGAGAGAGUAAGAUCAGGCCGAUGAUUAACAAUCUGACCAAAAACAGGAAGUCCAGACCGGAACUGAAAAGUAAAUCUUCAACGGACUCAUCUAGUGACGAAAGCAAGGACAGUGAUCAAAGUAAUUCGUCCAAGGAAACGCCAAAGAAAUUUACCAUACCAAAAAUAGAAAUUUCGUAAACUGUCUUUCAUGACUGUAUUUGCCAAAUCAAAAGCAAUGUUUACCCGUUACAAUUUUGAAAAGUCCAUGUGACAAUUAGUUUCUUCCCUAAAUUGUUCUGUUGCAAUAUAAUUUUGUUACUGGUAUUAGGUAUUGUAUAUACAAUUGCAUGUUAUUAUUUAUAAAAAUUAAACUUAUUUUAAUUUA